GUGGGCUCUCGGCCCGGAUCCGGGAUGGAGAGGGACACCGCAGACCGCGAAGCCGAACGCCUGCAGUUGUCCGACCAAAAUGCGCGUGACCCAACGGGGGCCGGAGAGUGGAGACUGACUACACGCUUUGCGUAGACUGACGCACUGUGGUGCAGGACGGACCCAAGUGUGGGACGGACUGACAGACCUAGUGUGUGAGGGACCGCGGAUGGCAAUACUGACGGCCCGGGCUGAGGCGGACUAUCAGAGCAAAUGUGGAACAGCGCUGGGAUGGAGGACCCUGCUCCAAGGUUCCAGCCAUUCUGUUUCUGAGUGCUGCGGCCAGAUGGCUGUCCCCAAGAGCUCCCUGAGCCCAGUGCCCUGGGAACAGAACAGCUGCUUUCAAGUGAAGGUGGAAGAAGAAGAAGCCAGCCUGUCUCCAGGCCAGCAGUCCGGCCUUGACCACACUGCCCACCCUGAGGCUGCUCGCCUGCGCUUCCGGCACUUCCGCUACGAGGAGGCAUCCAGCCCACAGGAGGCCCUGGCCCGGCUCCGAGAGCUGUGCCGCCGGUGGCUGCAGCCAGAGACGCACUCCAAGGAGCAGAUGCUGGAGCUGCUGGUGCUGGAGCAGUUCCUGGGCACGCUGCCCCCCGAGAUCCAGGCCUGGGUGGGGGCCCAGUGCCCCAAGAGUGGAGAGGAAGCUGCUGUGCUGGUGGAGGAUCUGACUCAAGUGCUGGAGAAGAGAGGCUGGCAGCCCGGGGUGGAGCCUGCGGAGGCAAGCUGCAAGCAGGGAGGUGUGGAGGAGUCAGAACCAUCAGAAGGGACCACUGAAACCCUCAUGGGAGGUGUUUCCUCAGGACCUGCCUUUGUUAAUGCCUGUGAGCCCGAGGGCAGCUCAGAGAGGCAGGUAGGGCUCUUCAACGAGAUGUGGACAAAGCCUGUCACUCAGGAAGUCGGUUUCAGGAGAACGUCAAGGCCCUGCCGCGACGCCCCUGCAGAUCAGCCUGCCUACGAGUCCGGUGCCUCGGGAACCGGUUCCAACGUGUGGUCCACUUCCACCUGCCAGGAGAAAGCUGCUUCCGAGCAGAGGUCCAAUCCAGCGAGUGGCUGUGGGACAGCGCCUCCCUGCCCACACUCAGGGAAGACAUCCUUCACGUGCGGCAGGUGCAGGAAAGCGUUCCCGAGCGCCGCAGCCCUCCAGGCUCACGAGAAGAGCCAUUCUCGCAAGACCCCCUACGCCUGCAGUGAGUGUGGCAAGGCCUUUGGCCGGAGCACUCACUUAGCCCAGCACCAGGUUGUCCACACGGGCGCGAAGCCCCACCAGUGUAAGGAGUGUGGCAAGGCCUUCAGUCGGCUCACCCACCUGACCCAGCACCAGAGGAUCCACACUGGAGAGAAACCGUACAGAUGUGGAGCCUGUGGCAAAACCUUCAGCCGCAGUACCCAUCUCACCCAGCACCAGCGGGUGCACACAGGGGAGAGGCCCUAUGAGUGUGAUGAGUGUGGCAAGGCCUUCAGCCAGAACACCCACCUGACCCAGCACCAGCGCAUCCACACCGGGGAGAAACCCUACACGUGUGACGCGUGUGGGAGAGCCUUCAGCGACUGCUCAGCUCUCAUUCGACACCUGAGAAUACACUCUGGGGAGAAGCCGUAUCAGUGCAAGGUGUGUCCGAAGGCCUUUGCGCAGAGCUCCUCUCUCAUCGAGCACCAGAGGGUCCACACGGGAGAGAAGCCAUAUCGGUGCAGGGACUGUGGGAAGGCCUUCAGCCGCAGCUCAGCCCUCAUGGUGCACCUGAAGAUCCACAUCACAGUGCUGCAGGGAACGGCGGACACCCUCCGGGACUAGCACAGCACCCACUUAGGCUCAGCCUCUGAGAGACACUCUGAGUUCUGAAAGAGCCAGGAACAGGUGGACAGCUGACAAGCCCCAGACGGUAAGUGGCCGAGGACAGACUGCACUGAGGAUCCAGACAGAGGCCAUGGACAGACACAGAACAGUCCCGGCAGCUGGAGGAGCCUGCAGGAGGAUCCUUGCUCGUCUCAGAGAACAGCCGAGCUGCGGAUUGGGAUUGGUUCUCAGGGCCAGGGCAGGUGAGAGGAGAUGCCUGUCAGGACUCAGUCACCCCAGAGGCCUGGGACAGGGAGGCGCCAGCUUCCUGGUCUUAGGGCUGCUCUUCCUGCCUGUCCUCUGCCACCCAGCCCAGAAGGGACGUCUGGCAUGCCUGCCUCUGUGCCUUUGAACCUCUUUCCUCUUCACCCUCCUGGGUGCUGACUGGUGAGGCUGCCUCCCCAGGCCCUCUGGGCAUCUCCUGUGCUCCCUGUCUUACUUGGUGGUGCUACCUGACACUUGCCUAACAUGUUUCUCCCUCCCCUCCUGUUCCACAUCCCACCAGUCGCCAGCCCUGACGGUUUUACCUCAUCUCUGCCAUGGUUACCUUACGUGAGCCCUCGUUGCCUCUCGCCUGCACAGCAGCGAGCGUCUCCUUCUUGAUGCUGCCCUGCCUUCAUUCUCUCGCUGUUUCAAUUCCAAAGGAGCUCUCCUUUACCCCAUAUUGUGUCACUCCGUGGUGGGAAAGCUCUUGAAUGUGUCACCUUCCACAGCUCGACUUCCAGAAUUGGGUCCCCUGCAACUCUCCAGUUACCCUCAUAGUGUAUCUGAACUUGGUGAUUUUCCUGUGUGUGCAGUGACGUGAUAAUGGCUUCCAAGUCCUGUCCUGUGCUGUUCAUGAUCACCGAUAACAUGGCCAAUUCUCCUGCCACAGCCCUGCCUUCUGGACACCAGCCACAUGAAACUCUGUGUGAUCCCUGAAACAGCCAUACUUUUCCCCACCUAAGUGCCUUUGUACUUAUGCCUGGGACCCUCCUCUAUUCCCACAAAAAUAUUCUGAAUGUCCAGCCCUGAACAGUCUUGCCCACCCCUUGAGCAGACGUCAACUUGCCCUGUUCCCAGAGCGCCUCAUACUUUGCUCCCUUACACUUCCUACCAUGUUGUUUCACAAGUGUCAUCCGUGAAGAGACGGAUGCUGUGAGCUCCUGAGAGCAGUGGCUGUCUUGCUCUGUGUCAGCCAGCAAUAGGCUAUGACCAAUGUCUCGAAACGAUGUGACUGGUGCCCUCCCUGAAAUAGUCACUGUGCUGUAGCCCACAUUAUCUUUCCAUGUUUACGUGGCUGUUUUCACACCAGCCGUGGAUCCUGCAGGGCAAGAACAGUGUUUCUUGAGGCCCUAGUGCCAAGAAAGCCUGGUGUGCAUGCAGUGGCUUCAAUUAAAUAGUACCGUAUAGGGGGUUCCCUUCCUCGGAUCCCAGAGCCCCCUGGUACCACAGUCAGUGGUUGCCAGCGUUCUGUCAAUGCACUCUCUUGCCACCUCUCAAAAUCAUGAAUGCCUGGCCAGCUUGCAGGGUCUGUGUCUCUAACUGGGCUGCAGCCCCUUGCUCUGAUGGUUCGUCGUGUAGGAACCAUUCCCUUCCAUGGUGUGUGCUGGUCCCCAUCACCAUCUCUCCCUGGGCAUCUCCCUGUGCUUUGGACUCUUUGUGUCACAAGUAAACAGAGCCACAAAGACUGAGAGGAGAGCUUCAGAACAGGACGGGGAGACCCAGGGACACAGAGACAUCAUGUCAGUUUAUCAGACAGGGUCUGAGACACAGGCAGAGGCUGAGAAACCAAGAGAAGGGGGCAGACUUGGGAGAAAACUCAGAGAUGAGAGAUGCACGUUUCCAGGGACGUGAUCAUACAGGCUUGUGUCAGGCUAAGGGAACAGAAAAGGUAUGGGCUUAAAGUCAGGCUUCAGAGCCCGACUCCUGGGGACUGAUCUGAGGACUUUUCAUAAGUGACUUCCCUGGUUGUCUCCACCUCUCUCUGUAGCACCCCCCCCGCCCCAAUUUGGUCUCACUUACUGAUGAGCUGAAUCCCCAACUCCCUGAUGCUCUGAAUUCCCCACCACCCAUUCUGUCCUGAUACAUGUGUCUGUGGGAGGGGGAGGAGCUCAGAGGGGAAAAGGAAUCUUUAUUGGGGGCCUACGUGUGCUGGUGAGGCUGCUAAAUACGUUACAUACACCACCUCAUUGAAUCCUCACACAACACUUGGGAGACCCAGAGGGAGCUCCUGGCUCCCGGCUUCAGCCUAGCCCAGCCAUGGCUGAUGUGGGCAUUUGGAGAGUGAAGAUCUCGCUAUGUGUCUCCCUCUCUCUCACUCUGCCUUUCAAAUAAAUAAAUAAAUCUUAAAAAGAAAAAAAAG